CUGUCCGGGAGCAAGGAGGCUGUGGUGAGAGACCGACCGAGACCGGAGAUGUUUUCCAGCCUGGCCCCGGGGACAGUAGGGGCUGGUGCAGCGGUGACGGAGACGCUGACCACGGCGGCCGCUCGGAGGCACUGGUUCCGGGGCUGAACCUCCUGGGUCUGCCGCGCCUCGGAUCCGUGCGGGCGAGGGGGGCGUGGCGACCGCAGGGGAGGAAGGAGGGCGCGGUUUCGAGUGUGUCCGGGACGCCUGGGAGGAGACCCCCCUCAGUCCUGAGCGGCUCGCGUCUCCUCCCUACAACCAGAUCCAGGAUGAGAAAACUGAUGAAAGAAGAAGCUAGCUGAACAGCUAUAAAAUGCCCAAAUCUGGGUUCACAAAACCAGUUCAGAGUGAAAAUUCUGACAGUGACAGCAAUAUGGUAGAGAAACCAUAUGGAAGAAAGAGUAAAGACAAGAUUGCAUCUUACAGCAAAACUCCAAAAAUUGACCGAAGUGAUAUGGGCAAGGAGAUGAAAGAGAAAUCAUCCAUGAAACGUAAACUUCCUUUUACCAUUAGCCCGUCAAGAAAUGAGGAACGAGACUCAGACACAGAUUCAGACCCAGGACAUACAAGUGAAAAUUGGGGGGAGAGACUUAUAUCUUCUUACAGGACAUACUCAGAGAAAGAAGGUCCAGAAAAGAAGAAAACAAAAAAAGAAGCUGGAAAUAAGAAAUCUACUCCAGUUAGCAUUCUCUUUGGUUACCCACUUUCUGAGCGAAAGCAGAUGGCACUUCUAAUGCAGAUGACAGCAAGAGACAACAGUCCAGAUUCUACACCAAGUCAUCCAUCACAAACAACACCAGCCCAAAAGAAAACUCCCACUUCUUCAUCUCGACAAAAGGAUAAAAUUAAUAAAAGAAAUGAACGUGGUGAAACUCCUUUACACAUGGCAGCUAUUCGAGGAGAUGUGAAACAAGUCAAAGAAUUAAUAAGUUUAGGGGCAAAUGUGAAUGUGAAAGAUUUUGCAGGUUGGACACCAUUGCAUGAAGCUUGUAAUGUUGGAUAUUAUGAUGUUGCUAAAAUACUUAUAGCAGCUGGAGCAGAUGUUAACACACAAGGGUUAGAUGAUGACACCCCUCUCCAUGAUUCUGCUAGCAGUGGACACAGAGACAUAGUGAAACUGUUACUUCGUCAUGGUGGGAAUCCAUUUCAAGCUAAUAAACAUGGAGAGCGUCCAGUGGAUGUAGCAGAAACAGAGGAGUUGGAGUUGCUGCUGAAAAGAGAGGUGCCUUUGUCUGGUGAUGAUGAAAGUUACACAGAUUCAGAAGAGGCUCAGUCUGUAAAUCCUUCUAGUAUUGAUGAAAAUAUUGACUCAGAAACAGAGAAAGAUUCUCUCAUCUGUGAAAGUAAACAGAUACUUCCAAGUAAAGCACCUCUUCCAUCUGCUCUUGAUGAAUAUGAGUUCAAAGAUGAUGAUGAUGAAGAAAUAAAUAAAAUGAUUGAUGACAGGCAUAUUCUUCGGAAAGAACAACGAAAAGAUAAUGAAUCUGAAGCAGAAAAGAGUGGUUUAUUUGCAAAACAGGAGAAGGCCUUUUAUUCUAAAUCAUUUAAAAAUAAAAAACAGAAGCCUUCUAGGGUUCUGUAUUCAAGUACUGAAAGUUCUGAUGAAGAAGUUCCUCAGAACAAAAGAAUUUCUGCUGCAUGCUCUGUCCCUGAAACAUCAAGUUCUGAUGUGCAAGCCAAAAAAGAAUUUGAAUACAGACAGAAAGGCAAAGUUAAAAGAAAACUAAAAAAUCAAAAUAAAAAUAAAGAGAACCAAGAGCUGAAGCAAGAAAAAGAAGGAAAAGAAAAUACCAGAAUAACGAGCUUGACUGUUAAUACUGCACUGGAUUGUUCAGAAAAAGCCAGAGAAGAGGGGAACUUUAGGAAAUCUUUUAGCCCAAAAGAUGAUACUUCGUUACACUUAUUUCAUAUCUCCACUGGCAAAUCUCCCAAACAUUCUUGUGGAUUAAGUGAAAAACAGUCAACACCUCUAAAACAAGAACAUACUAAAACAUGUAUAUCACCAGGAAGUUCCGAAAUGUCAUUGCAGCCUGAUCUUGCUCGCUAUGACAAUACAGAACCUGAAUUCUUACCAGAAAGUUCAAAUGUAAAAUCUUACAAGCAUAAGGAAAAAAAUAAACAGAAAGAUUUCCAUUUAGAAUUCGGUGAAAAAUCAAAUGCCAAAAUGAAGGAUGAAGAUCAUAGUCCAGCAUUUGAAAACUCAGACUGCACACUGAAAAAAAUGGAUAAAGAGGGCAAAACAUUAAAAAAACAUAAAUUGAAACACAAGGAGAGGGAUAAAGAGAAGUACAAAAAAGAAACGGACGUUGAAAAGGAAAAAUACAAAAAUAAGGAUGGCACGAAAGAGCUACAGAGGAGUGUUGAAUUUGACAGAGAGUUUUGGAAGGAAAAUUUUUUUAAAAGUGACGAAGCUGAGGAUCUCUUUUUAAAUACAGAACAUGAGUCCCUAACAGAAAAAAAAUCAAAAUUGGAAAAAACCAUGAAAGAUGAUAAAUCAACAAAGCAUGUCUCAAAGGAAAGGUGCUUUAAAGAAGAGCGGGAAAAGAUUAAAAAGGAAAAUGAAAAAUCUAGGGAAGAAAAGCUCAAAGAUCUGAGAGAAGAGAGAGACUUUGUGUCCACAGAUAAGGAAACAGAAUUCAGUUCUCUGGUUAUAAGUGUAAACCAGGAAUCUAUAGGGCUACAUUCAGUGGAAAAGGAAAUGGACACUGAAAAACAAGAAAAGCAUAUAAUAAAAGACAGGGAGAAAUCAGACAAACGAUUUCAAACUAAGGAAAAGGAGAGUGAGAAGACUGAAAGAAAAAUUUCUGAAAAAGAAAAGAAGAUAAAACACGAACAUAGAUCAGAAAAAGAGAGAUUAGAUUUUAGUGACUGUGUUGACAGAAUAAAAGAAAAGGACAAACUGUACUCACAUCAGACAGAAAAAUGUCAUAAAGAUAGUGAGAAGAUAAAAAAUACCAUUAAAAAACCUGAUGACAGAGAGAAAAAUCGAGAAAAAAUUGAUAGGAAGCAUGACAGAGAAAAACCUGAAAAAGAGAGGUGUUUAACAGAAAGCAAAGAGAAGCACUUGAUGGACAAAAAAAAUAAGCAGUCAGAUAAUAGUGAGUAUACUAAAUCAGAAAAAGUCAGAAAUAAAGAAAAAGACAGGGAAGUAGAUAAAAAGGAAAAACUUAGGGAUAAAGAAAGUAUAAAUAUAACUAGCUGCAGACACUUACAGGAAGAGAAAAAGUCAAAUGUAGGAGACAGUAGUAGUAAAACACAGCAUGAAAAAACUGUAUCACUUAAAGAAAAAGCAAGGGAUGAGCCUUUGAAAACUCCAGAUGGGAAAGAGAAAGAUAAAAAAGAUAUAGAUAGAUACAAAGAACGAGACAAACGUAAAGAUAAAAUCCAACUAAAUACUUUACUCAAAAUAAAAUCUGAAGCAGAUAAACCUAAACCUAAGUCAUCACCAGCAUCGAAAGAUACUCGACCUAAAGAAAAGAGGUUAGUGAAUGACGAUUUAAUGCAGACAAGUUUUGAACGAAUGCUCAGUCUUAAAGACCUAGAAAUAGAACAGUGGCACAAAAAACAUAAGGAAAAAAUUAAGCAGAAAGAAAAAGAACGAUUAAGAAAUCGUACUUGUUUAGAACUUAAAGUAAAAGAAAAAGGAAAACACAUACCAACUGAAUCCAAAAAUAAAGAACUCACUAGGUCAAAAAGUUCUGAGUUGACUGAUGUUUAUACCAAGGAGAAACAAUCUAAAGAUGCUGGAAGUAAUAGAUCACAAUCUGUUGACACCAAAAAUGUAAUGAGUUUAGGGAAGUCAUCCUUUAUUUCAGAUAAUAAUUCAAACAGGUCUCCUAGAUCAGAAAGUGAAAAGCCAGGUCUCAGCUCCAGAUCUGUGUCAAUGAUUUCUGUUGCUAGCUCAGAGGAUUCCUGCCAUACUACAGUAACGACUCCAAGGCCUCUGGCAGAAUAUGACUCUGACUUUAUGUUAGAGGGUUCAGAAUCUCAAAUGUCAUUUUCUCAAUCACCUUUUUUGCCAAUUGCCAAAUCGCCAGCUCUUCAUGAAAGGGAGCUGGAGAGCCUAGCUGAACUGCCAGAACGGCUUAAACCACCGUAUGUAAACAAGCUUCCAGCCUGCCAUCUCAGGUCAUCUUCUGUGGAAGAUGUUAAACUAAUUAUCAAUGAGGUAAGACCCACUGUAGAAAUUAGAAGAUGUAGCAUGCCAUCAGUCAUUUGUGAACCCACAAAACACUUCCAAAUAUCAGAAGAAAGUAAUCAAGGUAGCUUAGCUGUGCCAAGAGAUAUCUGUCCUUCUCCCAAACCUGAGGUACCUUCAACUGUGCCUGAAAGAGACCUUUCAGAUAUGGCUAACUUACAUUCCAGCUUUACAGCCUCUCCCACUAGAUCUGUAAACAGCAAGUAUAUUUCAUCUGAUACAAAUGUAAUCAAGAGUACUGCUCUGAUGGGUACUUUAAUAGACAAUCCUGUGCAUUUAGAACCAUCUAAUCCGGUUGGAGUGAUCCAAAAUAAAUCAUGGGAGAUGCCUGCUGAUAAACUAGAGAUAUUAAGUACCAGUGACUUAAUCUGCACUAAUUCUAGUAUACCUGAUCAAGAUUCCUCUCUUCAGAGUUUUUGUAAUUCAGAAAACAAAAUAUUGAGAGACCAGAAUGCUGAUUGCUUAACCCUACACCAGACUGAGCUUUCAGGAAACUCUAGUACUCAGGAUCCAGCGUCCUUUUUGCCUUCACAGCAACUCUGCUCUUUUUCCAACCAAUCAUUUUCAGAUACUGAAUCUGCCUCUAAAUCUAUGUCUUCAUCAUAUAUUGCCAGUCAAGAGCCAGGAAUUUUACAGCAGAGAAAUGUAACUCCUAUGACCAGUUCUGUUUUAGAUACUGAUAAUAUCUUUACAAAAGAUGUGGAAAAUACAUUUGUCCUAGCAGAUACUCAAAAGCCAGAUGCCUGUGUUUCAGUUUACUCUGAAAGCACUAUUCAAGAAGCACUCCCAAACUGUGAGAAAGCUAAUACUUUGCUUAUAUUGCCACCGGAAAAAGAUUUGAGUGGAAGUGAUGUUUCCUCUCAGCUAAGUACACAAUAUGCAUUUAGCAAACUAACUUACAAGUCUUCCAGUAGCCGUGAAAUUGAGAAGAGCACAACUGAUACUCAGGUUAUUUCACAUGAAAAAGAAAACAAACUACAAAGUUUGGUCCUAACCCAGUCAAGUAAGUGCGACUCUGAUUUAUAUGAAAUGAACGCUGCAGGGUUGCCAAAAGGAAGUCUAAAUGAACAAGAUAAUUCAAAACAUGGUUCUGAAAGUGAAAAGUGUUCACUUUCUAUUGAAGAUGAAGAGUCUCAGCAAAGCACUUUAUCAAGUGUGGAAAACCAUUCACAGUCAGCCCAACCAGAGAUGCAUAAAUAUGACCAUUUAGUUAAAGUAGAAUUAGAAGAAAAUGCUGAAGAUGAUAAAAUUGAAAACCAAACCCCUCAAAGAAUGACUAGAAACAAAGCAAGUACAAUGGUAAAUCAAAGCAAACAAAUUCUUGCUAGUUGUACACUGUUAUCAGAAAAAGACAAUGAAUCCUCGCCUAGGGGAAGAAUAAGACUAACUGAAGAAGAUGAUCCUCAGAUUCACCAUCCACGGAAAAGGAAAGUGUCACGUGUACCUCAGCCUGUGCAAGUGAGUCCAUCUUUACUACAAGCAAAGGAGAAAACUCAGCAAUCUCUAGCAGCCAUUGUAGAUUCUCUGAAACUAGAUGAGAUUCAGCCAUACAGUUCUGAGAGAGCAAAUCCAUAUUUUGAAUACUUGCACAUAAGGAAAAAAAUUGAAGAAAAGCGCAAAUUACUAUGUAGUGUUAUUCCUCAAGCUCCUCAGUAUUAUGAUGAAUAUGUAACGUUCAAUGGAUCGUAUCUUCUGGAUGGAAACCCCUUAAGCAAGAUUUGCAUUCCCACUAUUACACCACCACCGUCACUGUCAGAUCCACUUAAAGAACUUUUUCGACAACAAGAAGUUGUAAGGAUGAAACUACGUUUGCAACACAGUAUUGAAAGGGAAAAACUUAUUGUAUCCAAUGAACAAGAAGUUCUACGAGUUCAUUACAGAGCUGCAAGAACACUGGCAAAUCAAACACUGCCCUUUAGUGCUUGUACUGUCUUACUGGAUGCAGAAGUAUACAGUGUGCCCUUGGACUCACAGUCUGAUGACAGUAAAACUUCUGUGAGAGACCGCUUUAAUGCAAGACAGUUUAUGUCCUGGUUACAGGAUGUGGAUGAUAAAUUUGACAAACUAAAGACCUGUCUUUUAAUGAGGCAGCAACAUGAAGCUGCAGCUUUAAAUGCCGUCCAGAGAUUAGAAUGGCAGCUCAAACUCCAGGAGCUCGAUCCUGCCACCUAUAAGUCUAUCAGUAUUUAUGAGAUCCAGGAGUUCUAUGUUCCCCUUGUUGAUGUCAAUGAUGAUUUUGAACUGACUCCUAUAUAGUGGUUGGUACUUCUGUUGGCGUCAUCUUACACUAUUGAUGUCAAGUGUUAUACUGUGGAAUACUGCCUUCUAACAGAACUACUCAUAAUAUGCCUUUACAGUUGUUAGUCAAGUUCAAUUAAAGUUGAUUAUGUAGUAAACACUGUCAUUUUAUAAAAAUUAAAAGAAAAAUAUUUUGGAUCUUAGGUCCAAACAGUUUCUAACAGAAAACUAUUAUUUAUAUUGAUGAAAGAUAACUAUUGCAUUAGAACAUGUUGGCAAACUGAGCAGAUAUUUAAAAAGUUGAUAAUCUGUUAACAGCGCUGGAAGUUGUUAGCAUUCUAAGAAACAAGAUAACCACUAGUAUUCAAAUCUCUUGGGUUUUAUUAAAAAAUGUUAUCAGUAAACUAAAAAAGUCAAUACUUACCAAAUAGUUUCUAAUGUGGAAGAAAAUCUUGGCACAAAAUUCUUCAGUUUAUUUUAUCUGUAAAUGAACUGUACAGUUUUCUUUUUGAAAGUUUUAAUAUUGUCUUCCUUUUUAAUAACUUAUUUUAUACAUAUUGUACAUCUUGUAAUUAAUGGUCAAAAUGUAUACAAAGAGAUUGAUCGUCAAAACAUGUACAAAGAAAUAACUGUAAAACUGUUUUGUCUGUUCUAUUGGACCAAAGUUGUAGUUUUAUGGAGUGUAAUAGCAGUGUGUUCAGAGAGUAAAAAACCUUUAAAUAAGGCAUGCAUGUGUUUGAGUUAGCUUGUGUUCAUCCGCAUAACUAUAAAGAUGGUGGCUUAGUUGUAUCGCAUGCUUCCUAUAAUUUAACUUUGCAUACCUGAUGCCCAAGACAAGGAGGCAUUUCAUUCCAGUCUCCUAUGAGAGAACCUUGGACUUACUGUGUUAAGACAUAUUAUUUAGAAUUAAUCAUAGAAAGAAACUUUAGCUCUCUUUUCAUCUCGCCAGAGAGCCUGUUUCCUCCUAAAACAACAACAAAUGCCUUUGAAUGGAAAUUCUGAAAUUGUAAAUGUCUAUUUUAAUACUCAACAAUGAAAGAAUCUGUGAAUAUAUGUAAAUAUGUUUAAUAAAUUUUAUUGGUCAUGUUAAAUCAUUGUAAAACUUUUUUACAUUGCUUAAAUUUAAUCUUUUAAGCUUAAUAGCCUUUGCACUUUUAAAAUAAAAACUGAGCACUCAAAAAAAAAUAUUCAGUGGUCAAAAGUAAGUAAAAGACUUAGGAAUAUUCCAGUCAAUCUCUGAAAUGUUUAUGAAAAUUUUAUUCAUAUGUUGUAUUUUUUUCCUUGUAUCAAGAUGAAAAAUAUGUAAUUAGCAAAAUUUUAUAAUUGAAAUAAGAUUUGGUAUGCUUUUUAUAAUAAAAUAAUGAGCAAUAUACUUGGAAAUAGUACAGUUUCUCCUAUGACAUAUAGAUUAAGUAUUCAGGAAAACCAGAUAUAAAACCUGCUGCUGAACUUAUGAAACAUUUUUGAAAGGAAAUUUUUGGAAGGUUAAUAUAAAAUUCAUUAUAGGAAAAUGAGAUAAAAGUUGAUGAACCCUGCCACGAUACUUUCUUGAUUUAUGAAAUAAUAUUGGAUGUUUCCUCUUUUGAUAGGGCAAAGUUAAAAGAAUGUAUCAGGAAUGAAACUAUUUAAAUUCAACUUAAAAGUUGGAAAUCCCAGCUACUGAAAGAGAUUGUUAAAGUUUUUGAGUGCAAAGGUGUGUAUUAAGCUUAGGGAUUGUUGACUUUUUCCAUCAGUUCAUAUUUUCAUUCUUACUGUACUUGGCAUGCGCAAUAAAUCAGCAUACGUGAAAAGUUCACAGUGUGAGGGUUUAUUAUAAAGGUCAGAUGUAGUUUUCUUUAGAAAUUUAGAUGAAAGAUCUUGGCCUUUUCACUGGAUAAGUGUGGCCAGAAAGGCAGGGUAGAUUUUGAAGCACUGGUUUUGUUGAAGUUAAGUUUAUUAAGGCUGGGAACAUAAAAGCUAAUUUAUAAAAGCAAUACUUUCUAAUACACAAAAAAAACCUUAAUGCAUAAGUUUGUUUAUUCUUUAGCCUAGAAAGGAAAUUUGCUAAGAUCAUGUGGCAAAUCAUUAAAAAAAAAAAAAAAAAAAAAAA